AUGGCUGGGCGUCAAGGCUAUGCUGCUGACAUCCCACCCUCAGUGCUUCCAGACGAACAGCUGGCAGCGUGGUUAGAAAAACUGCGACUGAACGGCUAUACUCCGAGAGCACGGGAGUGGUGUCAAAACAUGGGAGCUGUGAGUGUACAAGAGAUUCUGGAGAAUUGGAAGGACUUUGCAGACCACUGCAGUUUAAAACCCCUGGAGCGAAGACGCGUUGAGAAAGACUCUAUUGCUGCUGGCGGUGCAGCUGCGACCACUGCACCGAAAGCCCCGGCAGCCCCGGCAGCCCUAGCACCCGCACCUGCCACGAGCUCGGCCUCCAGCAGCAAACCUCCGGAUGGUGGCAACACCUUUGGUCCAGAGGACGAUCCGCAUCGCUACACCAUCAAGGAGGAGCUGGGCACCGGUGCGACCGCCACGGUUUGCAGGUGCACCAAAUCAGACGGUACACAGUAUGCGGUCAAAAGCAUCAACUUAAGCAAACUGCGGCUACAGCCGAACUUUCAGAAAGUUGCUGACAAGCUACAUCGGGAGGUGUCCAUUCUCUUCACCCUCCGGCAUCCCAGAAUCGUUUCCCUUUACGACGUGGUCGAGGGACGCGAUCACCUACAUUUGGUCAUGGAGUUGGUGGAAGGUGGGGAACUUUUCGACCACAUCGUACAGAUGGGAUCCUUCACCGAGCCCGUGGCGCGCUAUGUGUUUAUCCAGAUUGCUGAAGGUUUGAAGUACAUUCACUCUCAGGACAUUGUUUAUCGCGAUUUGAAGCCCGAGAACAUACUUGUGGACCGGAAUCAUUCAAAACGAGGUUUGCUGGAGAUCAAACUGUCCGACUUUGGACAUUCCAAGCUCAUCAAUGAUGGAUACAGCACCGCGCUCACCAGGGUGGGCACCCCGCAGUAUUGGGCACCUGAGGUUUCAGAUCCUCUGAAAGCAGCACAGGGCUACAACCAACGAGUGGACUUGUGGUCCCUUGGGGUGGUGUUGUAUGUCAUGCUGGUGGGUGCCUACCCCUUCGACGGUGUCAGAGAGCCCAUGGAAAAGCAGAUCCGACAAGCCAUCGUGACCUUCCCCCCUGAUAGGCAGCCAAGUCAGCAUGCACAGGACCUGAUCCGCGGCUUGAUAAAGGUGAGGCCCCAAGAUCGGCUUACCCUGGAUGCUUGCUUGGGACAUGCUUGGAUCUCUAUGAUGGGCGGCAGCCUGUCCAAGAUCGCCAAGCUCUGCACGGAAAAGGAGCACGCUGCCACAGAGGAGCGAUUGCCUUUGCCGGAAGAGCCCUCCAAGGACAAGGUGGAACAACUGCGCCGUGACCUACAGCAGUGGACACGCAAGUUCCGUUGCGCCGCCACUGUGAAGCAUGGUGAGGUUGUGGCGAAUAUGCAAACCGGUCUUGCAGAGGAAGAUCGUGCGAAGGCUCGGCAGGAGCUGCAGGGCAUCCUGCAACAUCACUUCCAAGGUCAAGCUUUGGCAUCUUCGAGCAGAGGAGGUCCCAAUGCCAAGCUCGCCACUGUCCCCGAAGAGCGAAGCAGGAGCAAGAGCUUCCGUACCUUCAAACACACGUUGAAGGUCUCUCCGCAAGACGGGGCGGGCCUGGAUUUGGAAGCUGAGAAGGGUGGCAUGCGCGUCAAGAAGGUCUUUGAUACGCCUGGGCAGCCUGGGCUAUACGUGGGAGACCUCAUCACGAAGAUCGAUGAGGCACCACUUCGAGGAGACUAUGAUGAGGUGGAGAAUACCUUUGGGCGCAAUUUCCGCGAUGGAGUUCUCCUGACCAUCAAGAGAGAGUCCUGA